GGGAUCUGAAUGAUCACAUAAAGACUCAGUCCAUGAUCUUUUAUUACACUUCAAAACAAAAUGGCUCCUAGAGCACCAUCUCCGGCGCUUUCAGUCAAUGAGUUUGAUAUAACAGAUUCCUUAUUUGGCAGUGGCAAGCAGCAGUUCGAAAGUGAUGGCGAUGCACGGCGUCUUAAAUCGGACAAUCCCAACUACCAAGAGCUGGGGGUUAUCUUAGAUGAAGAUGGAAGUGAUGAUGAAAAAUUCAUUGCGGCGCAGCAAGCGGCUUCGAACCGAAAAGCGUCGAAUCUCAAAGGAAGAACGGUCAAGAAAGGAGGAGGCUUUCAAGCUAUGGGCCUCAACCAGCUGCUUAUGAAAGCUAUAGCACGAAAAGGCUUCUCUGUCCCUACUCCAAUUCAGCGAAAAACCAUUCCGUUACUCCUUGAAGGCAAAGAUGUGGUGGGAAUGGCGCGGACGGGAUCUGGGAAAACAGCGGCCUUUGUCCUUCCGAUGAUCGAAAAGUUGAAGACUCAUAGCGCAAAGGUGGGCUCGCGUGCGAUGAUUCUAUCACCUUCACGAGAACUGGCGUUGCAGACAUUGAAGGUCGUCAAAGAGCUUGGAAAAGGAACGGAUCUUCGCACGGUGCUACUCGUUGGUGGCGACUCGCUUGACGAGCAAUUCAGCGCUAUGACAACGAAUCCCGAUAUCAUCAUUGCCACCCCGGGUCGGUUGAUGCAUCUGAAAGUCGAAAUGAGAUUGGAUUUAUCAUCUGUUCGAUACGUUGUCUUCGAUGAAGCUGACAGGCUGUUCGAGAUGGGAUUCGCUUCUCAGCUCCACGAAAUCCUUGCUUCACUUCCGCCAGCGCGGCAGACAUUGCUCUUUUCAGCAACACUCCCGAAGUCACUCGUGGAGUUCGCUCGAGCCGGAUUGCAAGAACCGACCCUAGUCCGCCUGGAUGCAGAGAGUAAGAUCUCUCCCGAUCUUCAGAGCGCCUUCUUCACGGUCAAAACUGCGGAACGUGAAGGGGCUUUGCUCUAUAUCCUUGAGGAUAUAAUCAAAAUGCCUCAAGGGCCCACGCCGCAGGCAAUGAAGCUCAAAGAACCAAAAUCAGAAUCAUCCGGGAAAAAGAGAAAGCGAGGCAUCGACGCCCCAUCUGCGAGCGAGUCGCCAACCGAACACUCUACGAUCGUCUUUGUUGCAACUAAGCAUUGCGUCGAGUACCUUGCGGCGCUCCUGAAAACAUAUGGAUACGCGGUCUCUCAUGCCUAUGGCGCGUUGGAUCAGACGGCGCGGAAGGUUCAGGUUCAAAACUUCAGAAUGGGCUUGAGUCAAAUCAUGGUUGUCACCGACGUUGCGGCUCGUGGGAUUGAUAUUCCGAUCCUUGCAAACGUUAUCAACUACAACAUGCCUUCGCAACCGAAGAUUUUCGUUCAUCGCGUGGGACGAACUGCUCGUGCCGGGAAAAAAGGCUGGAGCUACAGUUUGGCGCGAGACGCCGAUCUGCCUUACCUUCUCGACCUUCAGUUGUUCUUGAGCAGAAGGUUAAUCGAAGGUCGAGAGAACGAUGGCGAUGUCAACUUUGCAAGCGACGUUGCGGUUGGAAGUCUUCCUAAAGAGAGGCUUGGAACUCAUUGUGAGUGGGUUGGUCGACUCCUUGACGAAGAUUUCGACGUACAAGCUCUCAAAUCAACCUCAAUGAAAGGCGAGCGUCAGUACGAAAGGACACGAAACGGCGCGUCCUCCCAGAGUGCCAAAAGAUCGUCGAUCUUGAUGAAGAGCGGACACAUCUCAACCUUGAAUCCAUUAUUCUCUGACGAAAAUCACGUUGAGGCGCUAAAACGGGAGAAGAUGAUGGCCCUUGUUAGUGGAUUCCGACCUCAAGAAACAGUAUUCGAGUUCGGUGGCAAAAAGGGGGAAGUGAGUGAAGUGGCUGAGAUUGCCAAACGGCGACGCCAGUCCAUCCAAGCACGGAAGCAAAAGCAAGAGGUGAUCACCGAGGCGGAAGUAUCGAUCGAUGAGGACUCGCCUGAAAGUCCUUCAAUGACCAUUUCUCGGCUUGAAGAAGCCAUCGAGCCGGUGGAGCCGGAGGUCGAUAUCAUGUCAGAUGAUGAUAUGGAAGUGUCAAUAUCCAAUUCUCAGAAUCCGAAGACGGGAGGCGGUGAAGAAAGCUGGCGAGAUGACGAGAACUUCCUCACCUACCAACCGAAAUCACUCAAUUUGGCAGAAGACCAAGGCUACGGCGUUCAGUCUGGGACGCAAUCAUCACGACAUCCUGUCACUUUCCUCGAACAAGCUCGUGGGGCAACGCUUGAUCUUGUGAAUGAUGAGUCGAAAGGCUUCGCUGAGGCCAGCAAAGUCCGGCUCGUCAAAUGGGAUAAGAAAGCCAAAAAGUACGUCAAGCGAAGCGUGGAUGACGAUGGUUCUGGGGACAAGAAGAUGAUCCGGGGUGAAAGUGGUCUCAAGCUUGCUGCCAGUUUCCGCAGCGGCCGCUUCGAUGAAUGGAAGAAAUCCAACCGGAUCGGAAGACUACCUCGUAUUGGCGAGGCGGAAGUGACUUCGAAGGCUCGCAAUGGACCCCAUGGCGACAAGCGCUUCAAACACAAUUCCGAAAAGGCGCCAAAAGAAGCCGAUCGAUUCCGAGACGACUAUCACACGCAAAAGCAGAAGGUGGUCGAAGCCAAGGAGAAGCGCAUUGGCAAAUUCAAGGACGGCGUGGGUAAGAGUGAGGUUCGAAACGUCGAUGCGAUACGGAAGCAGAGAAAGGUCAAGGAGCGACGCAAGGAAAAGAAUGCCAGGCCAGCCAAAAAGAGAAGGACCUAAACAUCCAUUUCUAGUCAAUAUCUCCUAUUGUAGGUGGCGAUAGAGUGACUUGCUCUCACCAUUGGAUGCUCUAGACCUCAGACGAGCGUUUUUAAAUACUUUAUACACUCGAAUUAAGUUUUUUUCAAUAA